AUGUCUCUUUGUGGCACAACAGCCAACGCAAAAAUGAUGGCGGCUUACAAUGGCGGUACGUCUGCAGCAGCAGCAGGUCACCACCACCACCAUCACCACCACCUUCCUCACCUCCCUCCUCCUCACCUCCAUCACCACCACCACCCUCAGCAUCACUUGCAUCCCGGCUCUGCAGCCGCGGUCCAUCCCGUACAGCAGCAUGCCUCUUCGGCAGCUGCGGCCGCAGCGGCUGCGGCCGGACCAGGGCAGCAGCAGCCAUAUUUCCCAUCACCGGCACCGGGCCAGGCCCCUGGACCAGCUGCAGCAGCCCCAGCUCAGGUACAAGCUGCAGCAGCUGCUGCAGUCAAAGCGCACCAUCAUCAGCACUCACAACAUCCACAACAGCAACUGGACAUUGAGCCGGACAGACCUAUUGGAUACGGAGCCUUUGGUGUUGUCUGGUCAGUAACAGAUCCACGCGACGGAAAGAGAGUUGCACUCAAAAAGAUGCCCAACGUCUUCCAAAAUUUGGUCUCUUGUAAAAGGGUCUUCCGGGAGUUGAAGAUGUUGUGUUUUUUUAAGCAUGACAAUGUACUCUCUGCCCUCGACAUCCUCCAGCCUCCACACAUCGACUAUUUUGAAGAAAUAUACGUUGUCACGGAGUUGAUGCAGAGCGACCUCCAUAAGAUUAUCGUCUCUCCUCAGCCACUCAGCUCGGAUCAUGUCAAAGUUUUUCUUUACCAGAUUUUGAGAGGUCUGAAAUAUCUACAUUCUGCUGGCAUUUUACAUCGAGACAUUAAACCAGGGAACCUACUUGUGAACAGCAACUGUGUUCUUAAGAUUUGUGAUUUUGGAUUGGCCAGGGUGGAAGAGUUAGAUGAAUCUCGCCACAUGACUCAGGAAGUGGUCACUCAGUAUUACCGAGCUCCAGAAAUCCUGAUGGGCAGCCGUCACUACAGCAAUGCCAUCGACAUCUGGUCUGUAGGCUGCAUCUUUGCAGAGUUACUUGGGCGAAGGAUAUUGUUUCAGGCACAGAGUCCCAUCCAACAGCUGGAUUUGAUCACAGACCUGUUGGGAACGCCGUCGCUGGAAGCAAUGCGGACGGCGUGCGAAGGCGCCAAGGCACAUAUACUCAGGGGUCCUCAUAAACAGCCAUCCCUUCCUGUCCUAUAUACGCUCUCCAGUCAGGCUACGCAUGAAGCAGUUCAUCUCCUUUGCAGAAUGUUGGUCUUUGAUCCAUCCAAAAGGAUAUCUGCUAAGGAUGCCUUAGCCCACCCGUAUCUCGACGAAGGGCGGUUGCGAUACCACACCUGUAUGUGUAAAUGUUGUUUUUCCACAUCUACUGGAAGAGUCUAUACCAGUGAUUUUGAACCCAUCACUAACCCCAAAUUCGAUGACACUUUUGAGAAGAACCUCAGUUCUGUGCGGCAGGUGAAAGAAAUAAUUCAUCAGUUCAUUUUGGAACAGCAGAAAGGAAACAGAGUGCCUCUCUGCAUCAACCCUCAGUCUGCUGCUUUUAAGAGCUUUAUUAGUUCCACGGUCGCUCAGCCCUCCGAGAUGCCGCCAUCUCCGCUGGUCUGGGAGUGAAGUGGGAGACAGAGACUACUGACGGCGCGGGGUAGCUUUCCACUGGAGUCUGGGAUUUGCAAUUCUGGAGGUUGAUCGUACUUGUACUAUAAUUUUACUAAUGAAGUUUUAAAUUAACAACCACUACUUGUACAAUACGAAUAAUAUUUAGAAAUGUACUAGACUUUUAAUCUUGUAAAGUGGUUGUGCUUUUAGAAGAAAAUAUUUUACCCAGAGUUGCACGUGUUUUAUGAAUUCUAGUGCAGCUGUGAUGGCUCAGCUCAGAACAAACAGAAUCGAACCAAAUUUGGGGAGGGUUGUUGGUUUUUUUCUUUUUUUUUUCCCUUCUUUUCUUUUUUUUUUAUUGAAGUGAGAUUGUACAAAAAGAUAGACGUGCAUUUUGAUAUCGAGCCAUUCCUGAAGAUUUGGGGUUUUCUAAAGCUAAGGAAUACAGAAACCUUGACUGCGACCAAUCAUGAAGUCCCGUCGGGUGACAGAGGCCACGGGAGUGGGGCUGUCCCCUGACGACCACAUCGUAUAAAUAGCUUCUCACUAGAGCUGUGGUGGUGACGUGUGCUGUUCUCAAACCCAAUGUUGUGAGUAGAGAGAAUGAGUUUGUGACUAGGAGAGACUAAACUUCUGUUUCCUUACCCAGUAUAAAUAUAUAUAUAUAUUUAAUCUAUUUUUAUUAGAAGUUUUUCUGCUCUUUCUUACAUAAACCCCCCAGCAUGCAUCUUCUAUGUGUGUAAAUAAUUCCAUUUAUGGGCUAAUUUCAGAGAUCCCUGACAUCAUUGCUGUAUAGAGAGAAACUAGCUUGCACAUUUUAGGUCUGUGAAAUUUUGUGAGAAUUUUUUCCUGCACUGGACAGUUGACAGAAAAAAAAAAAGAGGAGAAAAAAAAAAAGGAAAAGGAAAAAAAAAGCACAUAGGGAAUUACGUUGAUUGUGUUCGUGUCCUUAGGCGAAGCUGUGGAAGUCUUGAAAUGUCACAGUAGUAAAUAACUUUUAUUACUUUUUGGCUAAUUCUUUUUCUGUUGGAACACUGAAUUCUGUGCAUAUGUAUAUAUGAACACAAAUCGAAGGCCUCUACCUCCUGGAGUAUACAACUUGGUUUGUUUACCUCCACAUGAUUUUUUUUUUUUUAAGUUCAGUGUGGAGACUUGAAACUUGAAUGUCCCUUCCAACUUUUGUAUUUAAAACAGGACUAGAAAAUUGAAGACUGUUUUUCACCUGUACAAAGAAAUACUGAAGGGUGGUCUUAAAAUUUGAGCAUUGGUCUGGAGAAAAACCGUGGUGUUUGUUAUGGACAAUUAACUGUUAAAGUUAUUGUAAGUUAUCUGUAUUUAGCAGAGUAUUUUCAACAAGAGUGGAGCUGAGCUGAAAUUGGAGACUAUUAGUAAGUUAUGUUUGGAAGUUUUAACUUCAAUGAAGUAAUUAUUUGCUGUGAAAGAGACAAACAUUGAAUAACUGAACAAAGAUGGUGCAAUAUCUUUGUUUUUUAUGAGGCUCCUGAGAAUUAAACCAACUGAAGCAUUUCAAUCCGCUUGAGUGAGCAAGGUGUGCGCGUAACCGAGCCCCGGGAGACGCUGGUGUGAGAGGUGAAAUCUCAGAGGUUGUCAGUGAUGUGGCACCCUUGCUGGUCACUUUGUAAAAUGUAGAUUUGAAGUACAGUGGUGAAAACAUUAAAUGUGACAUUUGAAAACCAAGUGGCGUUAUCUUCAUUUCCUGCCUGAUCCGAUACCUUUGUUUAACUGUAAAUCUGGAUUGAAGACUGUCUGAAAGAAUACAAGUAAAGAGAGUUGAUUGCAUCUC